UUGUUUUUUUUUUCGUGGUUAGAAAUCUCCAAAGACAGGAAACUUAAGAAUAUUGUUUUUGUAGUCGCCUGAUGAAAUGCCAAGGUUUACAAAGAGACAGCUCCUGAUAAUUGGUGCCCUUAAAAGCUUUUAUAACAUAUAUUUGAUGUAGCCUGCAUAUGAAUAGCUUGUCUUUUUUUUUUCCUCCGGAUUUUCAAGAAUAAAAGAGCCGCAGUUCACAGAGGUCGUCCCUUGUCUCGUCAUAUGCUUUUCAUCCUGUUUUUAGCAGUCACUAAAUGGCUCUGGAUAUGUGCUGUAGACUUGUUAUGGUGAGUUAUAGCAGAUAUAUUGUAAGACUUGCCAUCGCCAUUGAUUUUCUCACUAAACUUUCAUGCAACAUGAAUGCAUUUGAUGCAAAAUAACUAGAAAAGUGUGUUUUUGUGUGUAUGGUUUAUUAACUGCCUUUGAAUUUCUAUUUCAUUCAUUUCUAGUUGGAAUGAAACACUAGGUUUAGCUUUGAAUAUUGUGUUUUGAUGGCUAAUUCUUACAUGUCACACAUGCAUCUGAAAUGUUUUUAACGACUCCCCCAGAUAAGAGACGGUUUGGGUCUCCGACUCUGUCAGAGCUGUUUGACAUCACUUGUUAGGCUAAUUAUGUGGUGUGUAAUAUUUUAGUGGUUAGCGUACAUCUGGUAAAGUUUGCUGACUGAAAACUCUCGUAUUCCCAGUAGAGUAGUAGGUUGCACUGCAAACGAAGAAAAAGUCAAAGUUCCCCUAAAUCUUCAUUCUUACUCAUUGACAAAACUCUUUUUUUUGUUGUUGUUGAGGAAUUAAACAACUGACAUUUUUUUUUUGCAUAUGCAAGAUAAACCUUUUAUUGGUCUUUGUGGUUUUUCAAAGCUAGCGGUUCCCGUUAGGCUAGCUUUUCAUAUGAGUUGGCAUGAAAAAAACAUGAAAAAAGUAUUCGUUUGCUUCAAGGCUGUGUGCUCAGCUUCAUAUCACACACUUUCUGAAGGUUUUGGAGCCAGCAUUGCCCACUUCCUCUCCUCCCCAUUCCGAUGUGCCGAGUUUAGUUCAUCCGGCGAUCCUCUGGAACGCUGAUGAGUCUGUUUAGCCUUUUUCUUUCUUUCUUUCUUUUCUUUCCUUGCUGUCACGGUGUGUGUUCUUUUACCUCGCAACAGGUCUUUAUUUUGCUUUUUUCGUCUCUCCAGUCUCCAUCUCUGAAUGUUCUCCAUCUGUGUGGUCUGGAGGCUGACUAUUGCUAACCUGACACAGGUUGGACAGAAUGAGUCGAAGAAAAGUGAUCGAGAAGAACGCUGUGGUUUGGUCACCCAUCGCACCCAGGAUCAUCUGCACCUGUGAGGUCUUCUGAGAAAAGGAAGUACGGGACGGCGCAUUUCACGAGCGACGAGUAAAAAACUUUGUGAACACUGUGGGGGAAAAAAAUGGAAUGAUUCCCAGGCCGGAAUGGAUGUGGAAUAAAGGAUACCUCGGAGGGCUCCCCGGGGAAGGGUCUUUGGAUACUCUGCCAGCUUUGAUAUCAGCCUCCCUGUUGGAUUUGAGUGUGAUAAUGCUAUAACCCAAUGCUUAACAGAGAUAUGGUGCGGAAAAAGAAUCCCCCUUUGAGAAGCUUCGGCAGUGAAGAAGAGGAAGGCGAGACGGUGGCGGCCGAGGCCACGGGCCCAGAGAGCGGGAACACGGGGAGCCAGGCCUCAGAGCCCGAAGAGCAGGAGGAGCCGUCCUCUCCUGGCCCCAUCAAACCAGACAGACCUGACUUGCAUUACUCCAGCCACAACCUGGCAACGUCCUACUCCAGCCGCGAGGGCACUGAUAGCGAACUGCUGGACUCCGCCAACUCUCCAACAACCUCUGACCCGGGUGAGAGAGUGGACGGCGAGGACGAGCGUAUCGAUCUGAGGCCAAACACGCGGUCGGGCGGCGUCAUCGUCAGUAACGGAGAGGACACACACAGCCCACUCGUUUUCCAGGGCUCCGCCAGCCCUCGUGGUGCUGCAGUCGAAGUUAAAGUCCCUCCUGUCACUCUUCAUCCACUGAGGCCGAUCGGGGGAGCGGAAGACGCCCCUAGUCCUCUGGGAGCGGAGACAGGAGCACCUCCACCCACCUCGCCCAAACUACAAGACUUUAAGUGCAACAUUUGUGGGUACGGCUACUACGGCAAUGACCCCACGGACCUGAUCAAGCACUUUCGUAAGUACCAUUUGGGCCUGCACAACCGGACGCGGCAAGACGCAGAGCUGGACAAUAAGAUUUUGGCACUACACAACAUGGUGCAGUUUACAGCCCAGUCACAGGCCAAAGACUCAGCGCGCCUCCUCGGCCAAUCGGCUCAGUGCGGAUCCGUGGCAGAAGCAGGGUCGCCCAGGUCCUCCGUACUCAACGGCACCUACGACGUGCAGGUAACGUUAGCCGGCACCUUUAUCGGAAUUGGGAGGAAGACGCAAGAUUGUCAGGGCAACACCAAGUACUUCCGCUGUAAGUUCUGCAACUUCACCUACAUGGGAAGCUCCUCUGUGGACCUCGAGCAGCAUUUCCUCGCGACGCACCCCAACAAGAUGAAGAGUCCACCCCCGUUCAACCCCAACCUCGACGACAAGUCCUCGACCGAGCGGAAGGGGAACUGCCUACCGCGGAUUGGGACGGAUGAGCAAGGAAAGUGGGCCGAUCGAGUGGCGGUACGGGCCGAAGACGACUCCGUUGCUGGAUACUCUGUACCAAUCCGUGCAUCAGACUCUCCUAGCCUCACUGAAGGUGACGCUCCUGCGGCGUAUUACUGGUGCAAGUAUUGCAGCUUUAGUUGCGAAUCCGCCAGCGCCUCCAGGCUUCUAGAGCACUAUGAGAAAAGACACGGUCAGGCGGCCGUCAGGGAGGGAAGUCCGGUGGAGAGAGACAGAAAGACACGUGACGGAAACUCACAUUUACGGAAAAAAGAGAAGACUGGAGCGACGGGCGAACCGGAAACUGUAGUAACCAGUUACAAUUGCCAGUUCUGCGACUUCCGUUACUCAAUGACACACGGACCGGAGGUCAUCGUCGUCGCUCCGCUUUUGCAUCACUACCAGCGGGUUCACAGCAUUCACAAGUGCACCAUUAAACAUUGCCCGUUCUGCCCGCGUGGGCUCUGCACCCCCGAGAAGCACCUGGGCGAGAUCUCGUACCCCUUCGCUUGCCGAAAGAGCUCCUGCUCACACUGUGCUCUUCUUCUUCUGCAACUGACAUCUGGAGGAACGACCCCGUCCCCGUCCCCGCCAGCUCCCAGGGGGUCCGUCACACACCUGUGUGACCAGUGCCCUUUCACCUCCACUGAUAUCGACUUGCUUCUCUUGCACUAUGACAGCGCACACACCUCUCACACCUUACUAGAAGUCAAGCCAGAGGAGGAGGGAUCGGGGGAUCCAGCGGGACCAGGGCGGGAUCAUCCCGGAGAAUACGCCUGCACUAAGUGCCAUUUCUUCACUGAAGUGGAGGAGGAGAUCUUUCGUCACUACAGGAGAGUUCACGGCUGCUGUCGUUGUCGGCGUUGUAGUUUCACUGCCACGGACACCUCGGCUCUGCUGGAUCACUUUAACUCGGUCCACUGCCAGGACCCCACAGAUCCGGCUUCGGCUCCGGCCAACGGAUGCUCGGCCCCUUCAACCCUCCGCAUCAAAGAGGAGAGCAAAGGGGAUCUGAAACUCUACAGCCUGGUGACCCCGGAGCCCAGCCGAGCCGAGACGCUGCCCGUGAAGAGCGAGGCCCAGGACGAGAAGGAGAAGGGCUGGUUUGAAGGAGUCCGGGGCGGAGAGCAACACGUGCAGAGUCUGGUGUGGGUCCCUAAAGAGCGCGCUGGGGAGAUUCUCAGGGGAAGCCCUGCCCCGUUCCCUCAAUCCACACUGGGUCUUCUGAACGCGGUGACCUCGGGGGUUAAAGACCAGCAGAAGCUUCGAGACUCGUCGGGACUGAUCUUCAGCCUCAGCGCUGAUGCCAAAGCCUUUCUGCCGGGGGCGCCGGCGAGCGGAGAGAAAGCCGGACAGCAGUUCCCAACCUCGACCGAGGGCAAAAGUGCCAAGGAAGAGUCUCAGUCACUCCUACGGAGACGACGGGGCUCGGGGGUCUUCUGCGCCAACUGUCUGACCACCAAGACCUCACUGUGGAGGAAGAAUGCCAACGGCGGCUACGUGUGCAACGCGUGUGGCCUCUAUCAGAAGCUGCACUCGACCCCCAGACCGCUGAACAUUAUCAAGCAAAACAACGGCGAGCAGAUCAUCCGUCGACGGACACGCAAGCGCCUGAACCCUGAGCCCGUCCCGCAGGAGCAGGUGGGGUCCAAACAGCAGCGGGUCAACAGCGAGGAGCGUCUCAACGGAAGCCCGUUAGAGAGGAGGCCGGAGGAGCCCGGAUCCGACGGGUCGUUAUCACGUGCCGAGGCCCAAUCCCAGCUGGCCAAAUAUGAGUCUUAUGCUCCUUCAGGACCCAAAAGUCACCCUAGCCCCCACUCGACCCACGCGUUCCUCGUCAACCAGACGCUGGAGAUCCACAAGCGCAUGCCGCCGCUGCAUAUGCACAAGAGUCCUGCGGAUGGAGGGGCCGAGGGGAACGGGCUUGCAUCGGGUCCCCACGUCGGGGACGGUAAGGGUGGCUCAGAGCGGGGCAGUCCCAUCGAGAAGUACAUGCGCCCAUCAAAGCAGGCCAGCUACUCUCCUCCCGGGAGUCCCAUCGAGAAGUACCAGUACCCGUUCUUCAGCCUCCCCUUCCUCCACAACGACCUGCAAAACGAGUCGGACUGGGUGCGCUUCUGGACUAAGUACAAGAUGUCAGUGCCGGGUAACCCGGGCCAUUACCUGAGCCCUGUAGCCGGCCUUUCCAAUCCGUGCCAAAGCUUCGUGCCUUACCCUGCCUUCAGCUUACCUCCUCAUUUCCCCCCACCGACCCCAUCCGGUCCCGAAAACGACACGCCUCUCGACCUCGCCAUGAAACAUUCCAAACCCAAUCCGACGCCCAACGGGACCCCCGCCGCUGAGAAACGAGCGUCGCCCGUGUCCGAGACGGAGGAACCCGAAGGGGAACGAUCUGCUUCCCAAACCCCCAAACCGGAGAAGGUGGAUCAGGCCACGCAAGACGAGCUCUCGAGUAAAUGUGCCCACUGUGGGAUCGUGUUCCUGGACGAGGUCCUGUACGCCCUACACAUGAGCUGCCACGGGGAGAGCGGGCCCUUCCAGUGCAGCAUUUGUCUGCACUCCUGCUCCGAUAAAUACGACUUCACAACCCACAUCCAGCGAGGCCUCCACCGGGCCGUCCCCGAGGCCAGCGCCGAACCCUCCAACCAAUGAGUCCCAGCACAACCAAUCCAAUGUGCCAAGACGGAUCGAGGUGCCUAAUGCUAGCGUUUCUGUGGGACACACACCCUUUUUAAAGACUUUUUGAAGACAUCGGUACAUGUAGCUACUCGAGAUAUAUUUUCGUUACUCCAGAGACGUGUAAGGCAGUUCAGCAAGCAAGGUACAUCCACUCGAUUUAUGAAAUGUUCUCUUAUGAAAAUGAGGAUGUGUUUCUGCAUGUGUGGCUCAGUGUAGGAAACAAACAGACAUCCAGCAUCCUCAGGGAAUGUGUAUGGCGUAAUAUAGUUUAUAGUUCACAUACUACAUGUUUUUCUUGUCACAGAUUUCCAUCGGGACUUUAAAGCUGCUGCCUUAGUUGCUGGGAUGCAAUUCUUAUUAUCCUAGAAGUUUGGGAAGGAAUACAAAACCUAUUUUUUUCUAGGUUGUUAAUAGUAAAAAUCACAUUAUCAGUGCCUGAUAUAUUGUACAAAGUAUUUUCUACAUGAGAUGUUGAUAUGCAUCUGAAUAAGGGCCUGGAGUUUGGCUCUGACAAACGUUUACAUUUGCAAAUGUAGCAAACGACGUAAUGAAGCAACGCCUGAACUUUUUCUCUCUUUUUUUUUUUUUCCACGAAAACAGUAAGACAAUUCAGUUUCCUUUCCUCCAAAGGUGGAAUAUUAAACAAAAGUACUAUGUUUGUAUCUUUAAGGGCACUAUUCAUUCCAAGCUCCGUGUACAUGUGCUCUGUAGUUGAUGAAGAAGCUUCUUGUAUUGGACUGAAGUCUUCCCGUAUUUUUCUCCUGCGAACAUUCAAGGGAAGCCGCUUUAGUCGGUCCUUUUAUAGGAGCCAGUGCUCUAUAAUAUAAGAAUAAUAACUUUCUGCUAGUCUAAAUUUAUCGUUCCACCUUUAAUUCUAAAGAGAAGUUGAAAUGAUUCUGUCGUGUUGAUGAAACUCAAUAACUGCAGGUGUUUCUGGUGCCUUUCCGCGGCAGUCGUCUCAAAGAGGCGUAACGUUAUUUAUAUUGUCGUUUCACCCAGCUGUACUUUGGUUUACGCUCCUUUUGCAAUGUUCAUCACGCGGAGUCGAGUGGACGAGUAAUAAUGAGCAAUCCAAACGUGAUUUAUCGAGUCUAUAAAUCAUCCGCAGAGUUUAUUUGAAAAUGGGGGAAAUAUCAUUUCAGAUUCUGUUUUUGUUUGCUUGCAACUUUGUGUUUUGUUCACUGCUCCUCAUGGCCACAGGUUCGGUGAGUCACUGCUCUGACUUACUCAGACAGAUAUUAUUUAUAUGAACUGGGGAAAAGAGGAGAGAUCGAGGCUCAGAACGUCUCAUUUGCUCUCUCCGUCUUUCUCCGAAACUAGCCUUACGACGCUGCUUAACUGCAAAUGCCUCUUAAAGAUAACUGAAAUCAUUAUAAACCGUCGCUUUUCAACAAACCAUGUAUGCAGUUGGGUAUUAAAUAACAUGCAUUUUUUUUUUGUCUCUAAAUGUUCAUUUUAAUUUGAAAAUGUUAAUGCUUGCACUUCAGUUACUCUGUUGCUAAAGAAAGAUGAGAUGUGUUAUUAGCAUGCUAAGUACAGGUACUGCAUUAUAAUAAAUGAACGAGAUCUU